GAUAGGAAUGUCAAACAAAUGUCAUGUUAAUUUUCAAAUGAGUCAAAAAGUAGAUUCGUAUGAAAAUAAAUAAGCAAGAUCUAAACAAAAUAUAGAACAAUCAAAGGUUUAUUUACUGAUUUCGAUUAUAUUUGAGAAAUGACCGCUAUGUCGGGAUCUUCGUGGGAAGAGUUGCGGAAGCAAGCCCGACUGCUUGAAAAUGACAUAGAUGUAAAACUGGUGGCAUUUAGCAAACUCGGCGUGAGCUCGAGUAAUUCCGGACUGAGCUCCGAGAGUGUGCCUCUCAUAAACAGUGACGACAUGUUUGACACCAUGUCUAUGGAGCUCCAACAACUGUUAAAUAAGUUGUCCUCUAUAAAUGACAAAAUGGCAGAUUUGGCCCCAAGUGGAACAGCUACAAUGCACACUAUAAAGAGACAUAGAGAAAUAUUAAUGGAUUACCAGCAGGAGUUCUCGAAGACGUCAGCACGAGUGAACGCGCGACGUGAGCGUGAGGAGUUGCUCCGCGGCGCCAGUCCCCCGCCCGCCGCCACCAUCGGACUCUCGCGCCGCGACCAGUACUCCAAGGAGGCCAAUCAUCUACACAGUUCGCACAUACUAGUGGACGAACAAAUCAACAUCGCGAUGGAGGCGCGCGAGCACCUCGCGUCACAACGACAGACAUUCAAACGUAUGCAGACCACAUUCAAUAAUAUCACUAACAGAUUUCCAAUGCUGAACAGUUUAAUCUACAGGAUCAACGCUCGCAAACGUCGCGACUCACUCAUUAUUGGUCUCGUUGUGGCGGUCUGUACCUUCUUGUUAUUGCUCUAUGCAUUCCACUGAGUAACUGACUGGGUUGAUAUCUUGCGUCCAUACUACAUAACAUGUCUGUGAUAUUCCUAAAAUAAAGUAAUCCGAAAUUGCUGUGUGUAUACCGACCUAUUCCUCCCUGUAAUUUAUUUUAGACUUUAUCAUGAAAUCAUAGAGUUGAAAAUUCAAUAACAGUGACAUGUUAUUUAGUUAGGACGCGGAUUAGAAACUUUUGGAACUGAGAGCGAAAAUAAUAUUCGUAUGUUGGGAAUGUUUUAGUAUAAAAUACUAUUAUAAUUAAUUUAUAUUAUUUUUCCAUUUAUAAUAACUAUCAUAGCGAUCUCCGUUAUCGAUUUAAUGAGCACACAAUGCAAUCUUUUUAAACUUGUGCAAUUAUUCUACAUAAAAAAUUACUAUAAUAGAAAAUGUCGCCGAUAUGAUAACCACAGAUAAAAAUACAAUGAAGGCUAUCGUACUUGUAUUUGCUGUAAUAUUACAUAGUUAGGUUUAUAAACCGUCAUCGUAUUUAAUCAUUAGGAUCUAAAAAGACUAUUAUCGCUCGCAGCGCCAUCUGGCAAGUGCAAAAACGAUAGCUUUCAUUAGUUUACUGGAACACUUGAGUAAAUUCUUGAAAACAUAAAACUAUCGGUUACUAUGUAAUGAAAUUGAUUUAAAUUGAAAUCCUUCAUGGUUAUUUAAGUUUUUAUUAUUGUUUGUAAAGUUUUAUUAAAGUACUUACUUAGUGAGCGUCCUUCAAGCUCAUAAAUGGCUUCUUAUAGGUAGUUAGGUAAACCUGAAAAUAAUAUAUUUUACUAAAACUGUACAAAUAGUGUAAUAACGACACGAAAUAUUGUUCAAAUCUAAAUAUAGUGCGGACCUAUGAGGUACCUUUACACAAAUCUUUCUAUUAUCUCUUUUGCACUACCUUUUAUUAUGAGAUAAUAAUGACCAAGGUUUACCAGAAAGAGUAUUGUCUGUUCGUAAAUAUGUCCUAUUUUUCAAACAAUUAUAAACCAUUGUGCCAGAAAUAGUAAAACUAAAAUAAAACAGAAAUAUAAAAUCUCCUUUUUUAAGUUGGUUAAUAAUUAGUCACCUUGGCUCACUGACUCUCCGUACAAAAUUAUCCAAUUUGGUGCAGUCGUUCGGGAGUUAUGCACACACAUACAUUCCGGCGAUCCAUUUCUAUUUUACCCUUGUCGGUAAUACCCGUGAUAUUAUAAGGAUGUUAAAACUAUCACGACAUUAGUACUGAAAUGUUGUUGCUUUUAUUACUAUUUAAAACACAUAGUUAUAUUCACCACAUCUAUUAUUUUUGUAGGCCUACUGUUAUUAUAAAAUAUUGUAAUAUAGAUAUAUGUAAAUAUUUAUCCUAUAUGUAACAAUGUAUCAAAUAAAACAAACUAUUUUAAAAAUAUAA